GUCACUGAUACCAAAGAUGGGGCCAUUAUUCCUCCCACUGACACCAAACGAUGGGGCACUUUUUUCCUCCCCCCCACUGACACCAACAAUGGGGCCACUAUUCCUCCCCCCCCACUGACACCAACGAUUGGGCACAAUUCCUCCCCCCCCCCCACUGACACCAAUGAUGGGGCCACUAUUCCACCCCCCACUGACGACCAGUGAUGAGGCACUAUUCCACCCCCCACUGACACCAAUGAUGGGAUACUAUUCCCCCCCCACUGACACCAACGAUGGGACACUAUUCCUCCCCCCCCACUGACACCAAUGAUGGGAAUACUAUUCCUCCCACUGCCCCAUGGAAGGAAUAGUGUCCCAUCAUUGGUAUCAGUGGGAGGAAUAGUGCCCCAUCAUUGUUAUCAGUGAGAGGAAUAGAGUCCCAUCAUUGGUGUCAGUGGGAGGAAUAGUGCCCCCCCAUCAUUGGUAUCCAGUGGCAGGAAUAGUGCCCCAACUCAUUAGUAUCAUUGG